AUGACGGAUGUUAUGGGCUUAGGACAUGGAGGUGAUGGAGCCGGGGAUCCACCACCUCCCGUAGGCUUUGGUCGUGGUCAACACGAACAUGAUGCUGAGCUCCCUAAAAAAAGAAGAGGCCUAGCAAAAAACAUUCAACUAUCAAAGAUAAUACAGACAAACAAGGGAAAACCUGUAGAUUUGGAUUUCGAUAGGGAGCUGACAAAUUCCCCUGUCGGGAACCAUGGUAAUUGGUUUACCCGUGAGAUUGGGAAGUAUAUAUGGAUGAACAUCCCUUUGAACGUAUCUGGUUGGGAUAAUGUUUCCCCCGCUUUAAGGAAUGCAAUCGUGGUUCAUUUAAAGAAUAAGUUUGAUUUAGAUAAGGUUAACUUGGAUCCCGAGCGUGCUCAGUUGUUGUAGAGCAUUGAUGCGACCUUGCAAAGAAUUUAUAGAGGCCGAAAAAAUAAAGCGCAUACUUAUUUUGAGAAUGUCGGGGGGCUUACAGAUAUCCCAAGGGCAUUAGCCAACCCCCCGAUGGUAUGUCACGUGAAAAUUGGCCGCAAGCAGUCGAGCAUUUUCAAACUCCUGAAUUUCCAAAGCGUUCGGCGUCAAACAAAGGAGUCUGUGCACAACAACAAGUUGUAAACAGAGGGGGAUCGUGCUCGUAUAGCAAUGCAUGUUUCAAAGAAGACAUCGCUCGAAUCGAAGCAUUUCGUAAGGCCAAUACUGAUCGCCAAGGGGUGUUUAGUAGUCCUGAAGUCGAGCAACAAUACAAUGCUUUACUCUUUGAGAUCAGUCAACAAACUCAAGCUUCUUCUGAAGCCAAUGGUCUAACACCAAAGGAUACACAAAAUUGUUUUGAAAAAAUAUUGGGUGUUCGAUGUGGCCAUAUCAGAGGCAUCGGACGAAAACCUUCUACGGUUGUGUCGAUGUAGGAUCAGGAACAACCACUGACACAACCACCACCACAAUCACAAGUGACAAGACUAUUUAAUUUUGGUAAUUGUU